CAGCGUCCCCCCACAACAGCAGCGGAGCAGCCCCGGGGAAGAUGGAGCGCAGCGCCGCCGCCGCCGCUCGGUUCCUCGGCUCCGUGUCGCAGUUCAAAGUGUAUGAAGAUUACCUGGACUCCAAAGUGACGCCCGUGGAUCUGUUUUACCUCAAAAGCAGGGACUUGGCCCGUAAGCUGGUCGAGCACGGCCACAAGGGCACGGUGCUCAGCAGGGAGGAAUUCGAGGAGAAGAAGGCGGCGGCGCAGGCUGCGGAGGCCGCGAGGAGCAACGCCUUGUACAACAGGAGCCGGCCAGUAUUUCACAUCAAAUUCAACCUUGUGAGACUCAGACUCAGGACACUGGCAAGUGCAGGAAAGGAACUCAAAGAUAACUUCCUGAGAGCGCUGGCAGAGCGCGAGGAGGCCAACCGCAGUGGGAAAAUGACUUCCGUCAUUUUCAUAAGGGAUCAUAAUACUCUUGGACAGGAAGUAUCUGGCUAUAUAGACUACGCCCACAGACUCAAGACCCAAGAUUUUGAACCAUAUUUCAGCGGAAAGAAGCAGCUCAUGCCAGGGCGUUCGGAUUUAUGCUACUACAACUGGAAGACACAGGUGUCCACGUCCAACUCCAGCCCCAACUUUGAGGUGAUUUAUGACGACCCCAACGGCCUGCUCUUCAAGAACAAGAGGGACAAAAAGAUCCUGAAUGUGGACCCCUCGUCUGGACCCGGUGAGGACUCCAACAGGACAUUCCUGCAGUCGGACCUCUACGUCCAUGUCGUCAUCUACGACCACAACAUCAGAACGGUCUGAGCUUCAGAGGCCGCUGCCGACACGUCCGUACACAUGGCACGUAUUGGAGCGCGCUGGAAGCCUCUAAUUUGAGCUGAGUCGCAAGUAGUCGCACCAUCAUUUACAAACGGUUCCUUCUCAUAUCAUGCGUACCAUCUGGGUGGAGGUGCUGCAGUAAAAAAAAAAAAAAGUGGCUUUAAAAUGAGGAUUCCCAGAGGAAGACGUGGGCGGAGCUGUGGGACAACUUGAAUGUUGCUGUUUUUUAAUGUAACUGCAGAUUUUGUAAGAAAACAAUGAGAUUUAAUCCAUUUUUUUCAUUCCUUGUGAUUCGUGAAGACCGAUGCUCAGUUUGGCUCAGUUCCUUUGGCGUUCCCUGAGCGGGAGACGUAGUCGGGGGGCAGGAACCUGCUCCUCGACCCCCGGGCUCCUUCCACGGUUUUCGGCCUGGCAUGUUUUUGGGCUGUUUGUCUAAACAAAUUAAAGGCGUAAGAGCUUUGAAAGAUGAUGGGGGGUUUGGCUUUUAUGUCCUCCCCCAGGCUGUGCUAGCUCCAAUUGGGACUGGAAGAAUGGGUAAUGGGCUUAAAGCAUUCUGCAUGUUCCCAGAUGCAGGGCACACUUUACGGGACAUCAAAGUGCUCUAUCAUUUACAUAUUAGUCAUUCACUGUGACAAUUUCCAGUGGAACACAACCUCUACUGCUCUGCUUCUCCAGAGAUGAUUUAGGUUCAGAGGAGUUCUCGCAGCUGACUAACUUUUUUUUUUCUUUAGUUAUUGAAACACAAUCUGUUCCAACACAAGUAACAUUAUCUUUGUCUAUAAGCUAAUGAAUUACAGGACCUUAAGUUUUUCUGUUGGUGAAUUCCUUUUUUGUAGGAUUGCCAGACGAAAGGAAAAACUCACUUUUUCCAUUUAGUUAAAAAAACAGAAAUAAAACAUCUUGCAAAUGUA